AUGCUGCAACCUUUUCCUAUUAUACAGCUAUGCCAGCCUAUUAUACAGCCAUGCCAGCCUAUUAUACAGCUAUGCCAGCCUGUUAUACAGCCAUGCCAGCCUGUUAUACAGCUAUGCCAGCCUAUUAUACAGCUAUGCCAGCCUGUUAUACAGCCAUGCCAGCCUGUUAUACAGCUAUGCCAGCCUGUUAUACAGCUAUGCCAGCCUGUUAUACAGCCAUGCCAGCCUGUUAUACAGCCAUGCCAGCCUGUUAUACAGCUAUGCCAGCCUAUUAUACAGCUAUGCCAGCCUAUUAUACAGCUAUGCCAGCCUAUUAUACAGCCAUGCCAGCCUGUUAUACAGCCAUGCCAGCCUAUUAUACAGCUAUGCCAGCCUAUUAUACAGUUAUGCCAGCCUAUUAUACAGCCAUGCCAGCCUAUUAUACAGUUAUGCCAGCCUAUUAUACAGCUAUGCCAGCCUAUUAUACAGCUAUGCCAGCCUAUUAUACAGCUAUGCCAGCCUAUUAUACAGUUAUGCCAGCCUAUUAUACAGCCAUGCCAGCCUAUUAUACAGCUAUGCCAGCCUAUUAUACAGCUAUGCCAGCCUAUUAUACAGCCAUGCCAGCCUAAUAUACAGCCAUGCCAGCCUAUUAUACAGCCGUGCCAGCCUAUUAUACAGCUUUGCCAGCCUAAUAUACAGCUAUGCCAGCCUAUUAUACAGCCAUGCCAGCCUAUUAUACAGCCAGCCUAUUAUACAGCCAUGCCAGCCUAUUAUACAGCCGUGCCAGCCUAUUAUACAGCCGUGCCAGCCUAUUAUACAGCCAUGCCAGCCUAUUAUACAGCCAUGCCAGCCUAUUAUACAGCCAGCCUAUUAUACAGCCAUGCCAGCCUAUUAUACAGCCAGCCUACUAUAUGGCACAUGUAUACCCCCAUGCCAGGGGUAGGUGCCGGGCCCCAUACAGCCGGUGCUUAUGGGCAGGAUUAGGAGACAUUCCCGAGCCGGAUUAUGACAGGAGCUGCAGGGCAGGGGGAAUAAAAUCAAUCCUAUCCCUUUAAGCCCCUCCCCCUUGUCCUGAGUGACCCUCCCCCUGUGCCAUUCUGUCUCCCCCUGUCAGUGAGUGUCCCUGUGUGUGUGCCUCCCUGUGCCCCCUGUGCCCUGUAUCAGUGAGGGCAGUAGCUUGGGUACCACUCAGCAUCCCCCC